AUGGCUUCAGACAAGAUUCCUGACGUCUACGGACCUGGUACCUUUACAGACAAAACCUUUACAUCAGUACCAGAGGAUACGGAGCGUAUCUUUCGCCUCAUCGUUAGCCAGACUCCUGGCUUUACACAAGAUGAACAGGUUCUCUCAAAAGUGCGAUUCACCGGAGAGUCUUAUCCUGUGAUUCCCGGCCCUAUCAAGGCAACCUCCGUUGCUGCUGCCUUGCAUGCCAUGACUGGUGUCUUGGCCGACGAAAUUCUUGCCAUUAGAGGCGUCAAGAACGAUGAGCGUCAAAUCUCCGUCAACACCACACAUGCCGCAAUCUGGUUUGGCUGCAUUGCGACUGCUUUUCUGGAUGGCGUUGAUGUCGUUAGCUUGGUCAAGGAAGGAAAGCUCAAGCAGCUGCUCCCCGAUUGGGAGCGAGGCUGGACCGACACACCCCUCAAGUACCGAACUACCGGUCUAUACCCUACAAACAACCCUGAAGUAUGGUACUCCCUACACGGAAGCAUGAAUGCCGAACCAGUACUCCGCUCCAUUGGCGUCGACCCUUCUACUUCGAUUACAACACCGGAGGAGGCGGCAUCGCAUAUCGCUCAACAUACCUCGAAAUUGAGCCCUGAAAAGAUGGAGAUGACGAAUCUCCUGAAUGGUUUCUGUGGAAGCAUCUGCUUCACACCAAAGCAAUGGCGCGAAUCUGAAAUGGGUCGCUCGCUCUCAAGUCACCCCUUGGUCAAUGUCAAGAAGCAAGAGCAAACGAUUCCCACUCCUCCCGUCGCCUUCCCCCCACUGAAACCGAACGACAAGCGUCCGCUGGCCGGUGUUAAGGUUGUUGAAAUGACGCGUGUCAUCGCCGGUCCAGAAAUUGGAACGAUUUUGGCUGCUUAUGGUGCGGACGUAAUUCGGAUCAACCCUCCUCACUUGCCUGAUAUCAACAUCAUGCAGUUGUCUCUCAAUGCUGGCAAGCGAACAAUCGCUAUUGACCUUCGGAAAGAAGAUGACGCUGCCCUCUUAAAGUCCCUCGUUGCCGAGUCUGAUGUUUUCAUCCAAGGCUUCCGCAUCAACAAGAUGCCCAAGUAUGGCCUUGGCCUUAAUGACCUAUUGAAGAUGGCCGGCGAGCGUGGCCGUGGCAUAGUCUACGUAAGCGAGAACUGCUACGGCCCUGACGGGUACUAUGCCGAGCGCCCUGGCUGGCAACAGAUUGCGGAUGCUGCUGCCGGAUCCGCGUAUGUUACCGGAAGAUCACUCAAGCUGCCCAAUAAUGAAGCGGUACUUCCUAGUUUGCCCAUCUCCGAUAUGUCAACAGGAGUACUUGGCGCGGUUGGCGCCAUGUUGGGUCUGAAGAGACGAGCAGUCGAGGGAGGAAGCUACUAUUCUCACGCCAGCCUUACGGGAGUUAAUGCGUACGCCCUGACUGAGGAAGUGGGUCUUUACCCAGAGACUACUGUGGAGGAAUGCAAGGAGCGCUUCCAAUGGGGCGAGAUGAGAGGAGCACACCACGUUCUAGACCUUCUUGUCACUGUCUGGAACGGUUGGAAGAGGGUUCUCGGAGACUAUCUGCAACCUGAGAGUGGUUGGUUCCAGAGUUUCGAUGCCAGCGCUUUUGACAAGAAACGGUUGAGCAUCCUUAGGCCAGUCGUCAAAUUUGAAGGAGAACAAGAGACAACUCCAGAGUGGAAGACUCCAAGCGUGCCAUACGCAUAUGAAAGGGCAGAUAAAGUCAGGUUCUUGUAA